AGUGACUGAGUGACACGCACACUUUCACAUUCUCCCAAUUCCCAAACCCUUGCAUUCUCCAACCUCCACUGCUGAAAAGAAAUAUCUAGCAACAAAAAAAAAAUGAACAUUGUCCUUAAACGAGGGCUCCGAAGCUUAUCAACUACUAAAAGCACUGCUGAACCUUCCUUCGUACUCUCACGUUCCUCACUUUGCUUUCUAUCUUUCAAACCCUCCUCCAACUCCGUCGUCCCCAGCGCGGCAGCCAAGAUCGCCGACUCUGACGAUGACGACGAAUCCGGAGAUGAUGUCACUCGUUCGCGCGGCUCUUCAUCUUCCAUUGUCGAACCACCUGUCACCCCAACCCUCCUUCAGCCGAGAGUCGUGGUUUACGACGGAGUUUGCCAUCUCUGUCACGGAGGAGUGAAAUGGGUAAUCAGGGCAGACAAGGACAAAAAGAUAAAAUUCUGUUGUGUUCAGUCUGAAGCUGCGGAGCCCUAUUUGAGAGCAUGUGGUCUUGAAAGAGAGGAUGUACUCCGCCGCUUUUUAUUUGUUGAAUACCUCAACGCAUAUUCUCAGGGAUCUACUGCUGCAUUGCGAGUACUAUCUUACUUGCCACUACCUUACUCUGCUUUGAGCGGACUCUGGGUGAUUCCAACUCCAAUCAGGGAUGCGGUCUAUGAUUAUGUAGCGAAAAAGCGGUAUGAAUGGUUUGGGAAGGCUGAAGAUUGUUUGGUUUUGCAAGAGAAAGAGCUGCUUGAGCGUUUCAUAGAUAGGGAAGAAAUGAUGGGCCGGGAUCAACAUUUGUAGUUCUAGUUGGCUAGUUGUUGCUGCCAAAAUAUAUCAGCCACGCUCACUUUUCUGAUAUCUUCUCUUCAAGAGAGGUAAAUUGUAAAUUCCAUUUGCCUGAAUGAAUGGUAUCCUUUCCUUCAUUCAGAAAACAAUUUGCUUUUCAACGUUGUUAGGAUUUGGACACGACAUUCUUAAGAUUUAGGUUAUUGGCAGUUUAGAGUGUUGAUAUGUCAAUCCUAUAGGUGCAAUCUAGAUAAUAAUCUCAAAAUAAAUAAAUAAUAAAGAAAAAGAAAAAUGUUAUUUAUGCCCUGAAUCUAGCUCGCUCUCUAUAUGUAUACGGCAAGAAUUACACAACUACCAUUUUUCUUUUUUUCUUACCCCAAAAUAAAAUG